UUCUUUACAAACGUCGUUUUGUAACAAAUCUUAUAUUUUACAAUCACAAAAUGAUUUUUAAAAAGAUAAUAUCUCCUAACGCCUUUUACAGGGUUAAACAAUUAGAAUCUCUUUCAAAAAUUAAUCUUUUUGCAAAUUCUUGCAAACUGCCUCAAUUUGGUAGAACAUCUACUAGUCUUGCCAAUGGUAAACAAUGUGUAAAUUCUGGUAUAAUUAACAAUAGAAGUAAUUAUGUGGCAAAGUUCCCAACAAAUGUCAUGUUAGGUACUCAAAUAAGCCGCAAGGCAACUACAACUACAGGCGAUCAUGUACGUAUGUGGGUCUUAGAGAGAAUUGUUGCAGUAGCACUUCCAGCUGUAAUACCUGCUGCAAUCUAUUGUGAAAAUGCAAUUCUUGAUGGUAUAUUGUCCGUAUUAGUUGUAAUGCAUACACAUUGGGGUUUCGAAGCCAUUAUAACCGACUAUGCACGUCCUAGUGUUGUUGGACCAGUAUUACCAAAAGUUCUGCACUUUUCAUUGCUUGUACUCUCAGCAGUUACACUAUGUGGAUUAUUUGUACUCAUAAAUAAUGGUCCUGGAGUUUCAAGAGCUAUUAAAGAUGCCUGGGCAAUUGGCAAACAAUCUCCAAGUAAAAAAUCUUCUCCAGCUGCUACUGAAUAAUUCUCCAACCUUUUAUUAGAUGAUUAAUAUAUUAAUUUAGAUGUUCCCAAAGUUUACUUCUUGUAAAUUAUUAAAAAAUAAAUUGUCUUUAAGUAGUGUUUUGUGUUACUUAAAUAAUAAUUAUAAAAAUUUUAAUAGUAUAAC